AUGGAAGCUUACAAAGUAACAGUGGACGAUUUAUUUCUGCCAACAAUAUUUGUGAUAUUUAUUUCAAGCUUAUCCAGUGUGUGUGUUGUCAAUUAUUACUCGAAACCGUCUGAAACUACCAUUAAAUGGAAAGCUAGAAGGGUGUGUUUAUAUCUAUUGUCGGCAAUUUCCUUUAUUCUGCAACUAAAAGUCAGUUGGAUGCUGGAUUUUUUACAUCAAAUUGAGUUGGCAGCUGAACCUCUACUAUGGCAAAGACUUCUGGGGGAUUUUAUAUUGGUAAGUUGUUAGGUCAGGGUUUUUUUGUCUUUAUGAUUGGGUUCUGACCAAGAGGACAGGAAGUGAACCUGCGGCCCUGUGAUUCUGGUGUAGUGGUCUAACCAACUGAGCUACAGAGUUCAGAUGUUGACAGGGACCAGGCCCCAGGGGUGCAAGGGUGCACAUUCAACAAAUUGCUGGGGGUUGUUCAGAUGAACUGGGACCGGCUUUCUUGUACUCUACAACCAUUGGCAGUGGAACAAGUUCUAGCUAAGUUAGGAACCAUAGUUAAGAUUUUCAGCCAAGUGCAAACACGGCAUGCAAAACUGUAUUAAACAGAGUUGCAUAAAUAGGAGUGGUCAAAACUAGAGAUGUCUGGAGGCGUGCUCCCCCGGGAAAAAUUGAGGCUCAGGAAUGCAGGGUUUUUUCAGGGAUUUUUUAGGACACGUAAAACGGCCCCAAAAACUCAAUCUUGAAUUGAAUUUUGAAACUCAAUCUUCUCACCAAAAGAUUCAGUGCAGUAAAAAUGAAGUUGUUUGAGUUAAAUUUGUGACAUGUACAAAUUGGUUUUCAGUUGGAAACCCGACAAUCAAGAAAAAAUUGCUGGAAUUCAUUUCACAACACAAGAAAAACAAUGCAUUCGCCAUUUUUAACCAGUUUAUAGUGUCUGCUUUAACACAUUGUGUCUCAACUACACUUAUUGGGUACAGGUGUCAGCCUCCCGCAACUGGCCCAGACCCCCAGCUGUUCAGCUAAACUCAUAAUUUUUUUGUACAAUCAUAUGUAUCCAUAUAUUUUCACAUCACUUCUGGUAGCUUUAACAGACCAUGAAGGUGAAAUUUUGUCUCUAAAAUAUAUUGCAUUUUGUCUUAAAAUAUACUGAAUGUCAAAACUAUGUAAAAUUUCUAAUAGCUGUAUGUGCACUUUAAAGGGUUAAUACUUCAUCUUGGAUAUUUUGGAUCUUUGACCCUCCACCAUCAAAAUAUCCGUCAAAAUUUUUGUUUAUUUUGUCAUUCCGCUGAUAUGGCGAUUUCUUUGACGACUGCAAUAUAUUUCUGAAUAGUUUGAGUGAAUUGCUCCUUAUUAUUAAAAUAUCCAAAAUUAGAACAAAGCCGAACACUAUUUUGAAACUGACGUCUUUAGCUAUGUCCUGUGAAAAUUUGAGAAAAAUUCGUUAAAACCCGCAGGAGAACAACUCGUUUGAAAAUCAGUAAUUGCCAUAAAAUAUUUCGGGAGAAAAUUGAAUUUGAAUAUUACAUUUUCAAUGUUUUUCUUAUUGCAGCGAAAUGUAUUUUAUUAAAUAACUCUGCGAGUUUUCAACAUUUUUUGUUCAAACUUGGUCAGAUAGUAGGACUAGUCUAAUGUUUUCAUGCAAACCAAUAAAAAAAUUUAGACAAAAUUAACACUCAAAGGUGUUCUGUAACCUUAAAUGCAACCUUUUCUUAGGCACACAAAUUGACACUUGAUACAACUGAAAAUUACUGGAUAACCUCGCAAUUGUUGCUAUUCACGCUUUCAUUUGUCGCAUUCGUGAACAUGUAUAGCAAGAAAAUGGAGCUGCGAUUUCACCAGAUCCUUGGCUACCUGGUACUUGGACUGACUGGAUCCUAUGGUGGAGUCUUAGCUUUGUUUUUAGUUCAUUUUUACAAUGCUGGCUCGAUAUCGCCUCUCGUGGCUAAACUAACUACGGGUCAGUUUUUCGCACAAGGAAUUUCAACCAUCCUUGGCUGUGCUGCUGUUGUAUUCCUUUAUGAUGCAUCUGUUCCUCAAGUAAAAGUAACCCUGCUUCCAUUUUUUCUCACAACCUUCUUACUGCCUUUUGCCUUAUUUCCAUUCCAAGAAAAGAACUCGAAAGCUGGUGCAACAACCGCCCUUUUGUAUUUCCUAUUUUCCCUUAGUGUGUUUAUGAUGCUUCAUCAUUUCUUUAUGACUUACAUGGUAGCUUUGGAAUGGUCAAAUUUUAAAACUAUCAUCCUGGUGGGUUUUGGUUACCCCUACCAAUAUGCUGUAUCGGUUGACCUUAUAUGCUGUAUAGUGAUAUCGUCCGUAUUUGUGCAAAUGGAACUUCACGAAUUAAAUAAACUGCAGUUGGGAUUUGAAUAUCCUUACCUAAACACUAUCCUAAAAGUUCUGCUGUUAUUUCCAUGUAUAGUUGUAGUGACGUUUAUUAUUUCACCUGGGGCGAUGUUGCUAUUCUUUCUUGCGUAUCGAGAAAUUACUACUGUUUUACCUAGUCUUGGAUCUAGUAGUAUAGGUACACUCUAA